AAAAUUGAAUAUAAAAUAGCUAAUAUCAAUCUCAUCAAUUCAUACAUUUUAACCAAGUUCACACUGUUCUAUAUGCCUAUCUAACAGACAAUUAAAUACUGAAAGUGAAAAUUAAGGGAAAUAUAAAUGGCAACAAGACUGAAAGAAAUGUUACCAUAGCAACAAAAGAUUACCCAUGCUAUUUAAAAUUUAAUAACUGAAAAUGAUGAAAAAUCAUGUAAAUAUAAUAUAAAAUUAGUCUUUUGUUAUUGCUGUAGACACAUGAUAAUAAUCUCGCCAUUCUUUGUGAAUCAAUCAUCCCAAUAUAACGUUAUUUCCAUUUAUCACUUCUGAAAUUUGAAACUGUUUAUUUAUAGUGCUUCUUUAAAUAUGGAAAAUGCACUUCGUGAAGAUGUUCCAGUUGGAGUCUAUAGAACUGAAGACAAGAUAACAAAUCUAAAAAUAAAAGUAAAAGUGAGAAAAAUUGCUAAUGCAUGUUUCACUGAGAAAGACUCUUUGGCUUUUGGUGAUUCAAAUGAACUUGAAUUAGUUAAUUUAAUGAAAUCUUCUUCUAUAUCAGCUGAAAGAGUUUUUAGGUGGCAGGAAAAGGUUGAGAAGACAGAUGCACCUGAAGAUACAUCUGAUGGCAAUGCAAGUUCUAGUAAAAAGGAUUCUAUUACUAUACACCUUUAUUCGCAUGACGAUAAUGAUAUUCUUUCACCUCAAUGGAAGAAUACUAAAACAUACACUUAUCCCUCAUCAAAACCAACCCACCUUGAAACUCAAAUCUGCCAAAUGAAGCCUAAGACAAGACUUUAUUUUCUGGAUGGUGAAACAUGGCAAAAACCAUUAUUUUCAAGCAUUAAAAGAAUCAUCAAAGAGAAAAACAAUAUGAAAGAAACUUAUGUCUCUGUAGGUCAGUCAAUGGCUAUCAUGGCAGCAUUAUUCUUUGAAGAUGGUGCAGCUACUGAAGAAAUAGAUUUAUGUUUCUUACAAGUUGACGAUCACGGUACUCUGACAGUUAUACCGGAUUUCAGCAAAAGAAAAUCAUAUAUUUUUAUAAACAGUCGAUCUGAAACUUUUGAAUAUGAAAUAGAAAAUGUGUCAAAAGUACCAAAAAGCUCUGCAAUUCAAAGAGAAAAAAACUUAAUGAGAAAGAUUGCAUUGUAUAAAAGGAAAUUAAAAGAAGAUGCAAUUCGAGAAGAAUUUAUAAAGCUUCCUCCAGAAACUACAUCAUUCGUUAUAAACUUUGAAAUUGUUUCUGCUAAAAACUUCUCACCUCCAGAUAUAUUUAUUCAUUACCUCAUCAUAAUUCCAAAAGGUUGUACCUCAGAAAAUACAUUAGAGGGUGUCACAGAGACAUGUAGAAGGAAACUUAUGAAUGAUUCUGCAGUGGCUUAUUAUGGAUAUACAUUUUCUAUAGAUAUUUCAGCAAAUAUUAAUGAAUUUAGUGGAGAGUCAUUGAAAAUUAUACUUGAAGCCACUGCAGUAGAUUACUGGGGAAAUUUUCGUAAUGAAGGAUAUGGAUACGGAGACAUUCCACUGAUUCCAGGAAUGAUGUCUCAAGAUAUUGGUACAUGGAAAAUUGAGCCAAGCACACUUAAGCACAAGUUGCAGAACUUUUUUAUAGGAGGAAUGCCACAUUUAGAUGACCUCUCUUACAUAAUUAAUCCUAAAGACACUAAGGAUUCACAACUAUCCAAGUACGGUGUCCAAACCAUUUCAAGUGGAGUAAUUACUCUUAAAUCAUCUAUAAUUCAGCAAACUCAAUGUUGACAUCAACCAUUUUAUGACAAAUGAUUGUAUUAAAAUAUUCUAUAAUGUGCGGUGCGAUUGUUUUGAACAACUACCUAGACAUGGAUUUGUGAUUAGUAUUUUAAUUAACUCACUUCUGCAACAGAGGUAACCAUAUUCAACGAGAUACAUGAAUGCAGAAUUCUUGCAAGUUUAUAUAUUGAUAUACAAGAAGUGCCAAAUAAUAUUACAUCCAAAAUAUAAGCCUUAAAAGCACUGUGUCAGCAUUCACCUUAGAAUAAUGUUCAAGUGAAUAUCUGGCAAAAAAAGUUUGCAGUUCAUUUCCCCCCCCCAUAAAAUAUUUCUUAAAAAGUUUCAUUUGUAUUUUUUUAUAUAAAUGCGAUGGAAGUAUUUUAUUCUUCCUAUAAUAAUUGUCAUUCAAAAAAUAAGCCACUCUA